GGUCCUGGAUCUGAUGGAGAGUGACCUGCACCAGAUUAUCCAUUCCUCGCAGGCCCUCACCUUGGAGCACGUCCGCUACUUCCUUUACCAGCUCCUCCGAGGUCUCAAGUACAUCCACUCGGCCAACGUCAUCCACCGGGACCUCAAGCCCAGCAACCUCCUGAUCAACGAGAACUGUGAGCUGAAGAUCGGGGACUUCGGCAUGGCCCGAGGCCUCUGCACCAAGCCGGACGAGUACAAAUACUUCAUGACGGAGUACGUGGCCACCCGCUGGUACCGAGCCCCCGAGCUCAUGCUCUCCCUCCACGAGUACACCCAGGCCAUCGAUAUGUGGUCGGUGGGGUGCAUUUUUGCCGAGAUGCUUGGGCGGAAACAGCUCUUUCCGGGGAAGAACUAUAUCCACCAGCUGCAGCUCAUCAUCACUGUUUUGGGCACCCCGCCCGCCAAAGUGGUCCACUCCAUCGGGGCCGACCGGGUUCGGGCCUACAUCCAGAGCUUGCCGUCGCGCCAGCCGGUGCCAUGGGAGAACCUCUACCAGAACGCCGACCAGAAAGCCUUGGCGUUGCUUUCCAAGAUGCUGCGCUUUGAUCCACGGGAGCGCCUUUCGGUGGUGGAGGCCCUGAACCACCCCUUCCUGGCGAAGUACCACGAUCCGGAUGACGAGCCCGACUGUAUCCCAGCCUUCGAUUUCGACUUCGAUAAACAAGUGCUCACCAAGGAGCAGAUCAAGGAAGCCAUUGUGGCCGAAAUCAACGAUUUCCACGAGCGCCGGGAGGGCAUCCGGCGCCAGAUCAGCUUCAAGCCGGCCUUGCGGCCUGCUGUCGUCGGGGGUUACCCGGAUGAGGAUAGGCAGACCGCACUUCUCCGCUGCCAGGAUGUGGACAUGCCCAGCGCUGGCUCCCCUCGGGUGGGUGACGGCGACUUUGCGAUGGCCUCUCCUGGGCCGUAUCCGCUGACAGAGACCAUAGACCUUACCUCUCCCCUCGUAACCGAGCCUGUUCUGCAGCCUGAGGUGAAGGCGGAGGCCGAGGCCCCUGCGGCUCCACCAAAACGAGAGGGAGCCAUUUCGGAUGACACGAAGGCCGCCCUCAAGGCAGUCAUCUUGAAAUCCGCUCUCCGGAAUAAGAACAAAG